AUGGCAGGCGAAUAUGAUACAGCAAUAACGGUUUUUUCACCUGAUGGUAGAUUAUUUCAAGUUGAAUAUGCUCAAGAAGCCGUUAAAAAAGGAUCAACAGCUGUUGGUGUACGUGGCGCAAAUAUUGUUGUAUUAGGUGUCGAAAAAAAAGCCGUUGCCGUUUUACAAGAAGAUCGUACCGUUCGUAAAAUAUGUGUGUUAGAUGAUCAUGUUGCUAUGGCAUUUGCCGGUUUGACUGCCGAUGCUCGUGUAUUAAUGCAUCGUGCACGAAUCGAGUGCCAGAGUCAUCGUUUAAAUGUUGAAGAUCCUGUAACAAUUGAAUAUAUUACACGUUACAUUGCUGAUUUACAACAAAAAUAUACUCAGGGACGAGGACGAAGACCGUUUGGUCUAUCAACAUUAGUUGUUGGAUUUGAUUAUGAUGGCAUACCGAGACUAUAUUCCACAGAUCCAUCUGGUACCUAUCAUGAAUGGAAAGCAAAUGCGAUUGGUCGUCAAGCCAAAACCGUUCGUGAAUAUUUAGAAAAAGCUUAUACCGAACAAAUAUAUGAAUCAGCUCAUGAAACAAUUAAAUUGUGUUUACGUGCUCUUUUGGAAGUUGUGCAGUCGGGCUCAAAAAAUGUUGAGAUAGCCGUUAUGUACAGACAUAAACCCUUGAAAACAUUGCAGACAGAUGAAGUUGAGAAAUAUAUAGCCGAAAUUGAGAAGGAAAAUGAAUUAGAAGCCGAAAGGAAAAAACAGGCCAAACAACAAAUGGGCGGCCAAGCACAACCGACAACAACCGGGCCAUCGACAACAGCAUCGAAAAAAGAAUAA